GGGCGGACGUUUUCGCGUUCUCUGGGCCCUGCGGAACAUAGCUUCUACUACGACCGCAUCCUGAACGGAACUGCGGAUAUCAUCUGGCACUAUACCCUCGAGCUCACGGACCCUUCCCAAGGCUCCCUCGUCUUUGGCGAGGACAAUGUGUCGCGCGCCUGGGCGACGGUCAAGCGGCACUACCCUCUCCUAGCCUCGCGGAUGGAGCCACAGCCUGACGGCACGGUCAAAUUCUUCGUCGACGAGCGUGCACUGUCGCAGCAUAAGCCGGACGAACUGACCGUUCGCACCGUACGCUCUGCGGAUGAGGUCGCGGCGGUCAUCCAAGACGGGAUCCGCGACAAGCCGACGGAGGCCAGCCACAUCAUGACCCGGGCAUGGGUCCUUACACGCGCGGACAAGCCGGGCACGUACGAGGUGCUCUUCCAAGCGGCGCAUGCGAUAUCGGACGGCAUUUCUGGAGCAAGCCUCAGUCGGACGUUCCUCGAUGUGCUGUCUUCGCCGCCCAUUCAGGCACCGGCUUUGGAAAAACGGCUUGCCAUGGCGGUCCCAUCUAAUAUCCUGAACCCUUCCCUCAAAAUGAGCGUCGCACGGCAGAGGUGGCGGCGCGCCAUUGGAAAGGUCACCUUCUUCAACAUGCGCAAAAAACUAGCGGGAGGCCACUCUCUACCGCGAACGAUUACCGAAGAGACCUACCGCACGCCAGCAACCACCGCACGCGUCUUUGUCCGCAUCGACCCCGUCAGCACCCGCGCCAUCCUCGGCUCUUGCAAGAAGCACAAAGUCACCUUCGGCGCCGCGAUCCCCGUCAUCGCGCAGAUGGCGCUCACCCGCCUCCUCCACCGCCGCUACCUCCGCGACGACAUCCCCGAGGCGGAGUGGGAGCACCGCCGCCGCCAGCCGAUGAACCUCGGCGGCCCCGUCAACCUGCGCCCGUACCUCGACGAGGCGUGGCAGCGCGCGGGCGGGGUCGGCGAGAUGCUGCUCAUGAUCGACUACUACGACGUCGCGCUGCCGUUCAUGCCCACGCCGUUCGGCUCGCGCAGGGACGCGGGCGUGCCCCGCGAGGAGGACGGGGCGCCGCCGUACGCGGCGCUGCUCUCGCGCGCGCGGUUCUUCCACCGCACGCAGCUGUCGAAGCAGCGGCUCGCGCGCGCCGUGAAGCACCCGCUCCUGCUCGAGAUCGCGCACGCGAAGCAGCCGCUGUACCUCGCGCGCAAGAAGAAGGUC